CUGAGGUUUGCAGCGGCCGCCGUGUGGAGAUGAGGGAGACGCCGUUGUCGAACUGCGAGCGGCAGUUCAUCCUGCGGGCCAUCGCCGAGAGGCAGCGUCUUGAUGGAAGGCAGACAUAUGAUUAUAGGAAUAUCAAGAUAACAUUUGGGACUGAAUUUGGCUGUUGUAUUGUGGAACUUGGUAAAACAAGAGUCCUUGCACAAGUAUCAUGUGAACUUGUUACUCCUAAACCUAGUCGGCCUACAGAAGGCAUCAUCUUCUUCAAUUUGGAGCUCUCUCCAAUGGCAUCUCCUGCAUUUGAAGCCGGCAGACAAUCAGAGUUGUUAGUUAAACUGAACCGGCUGCUGGAGAGGUGUUUGAGGAAUUCCAAGUGUAUAGACACAGAAUCCCUGUGUGUUGUAGCAGGUGCAAAGGUGUGGCAGAUUCGUGUAGACUUGCACUUGUUAAAUCACGAUGGCAACAUUAUUGAUGCUGCAAGCAUAGCAGCCAUCGUGGCAUUGUCUCACUUUAAAAGACCUGAUGUAUCAAUCCAAGGAGAAGAAGUCACUGUGUAUACCCCAGAGGAGCGUGAUCUAAUCCCGCUGAGCAUCCACCACAUGCCCAUUGCGGUCAGUUUUGCUUUCUUUCAGCAGGGAACCUACCUUUUAGUAGAUCCAAUUGAACAUGAAGAACGGGUCAUGGAUGGACUCUUGGUGAUUGCCAUGAACAAACACCGUGAGCUGUGUACCAUUCAGUCCAGUGGUGGAAUUAUGCUUCUAAAAGAUCAGGUUCUUCGUUGUACUAAAAUAGCUGGAGUGAAGGUGGCAGAGAUCACAGAACUAAUGCAGAAAGCUAUUGAAAAUGAUAAAAAUGUCAGGCAAGAAGGUGGGAAGUUUGGUUUUGCAGAAUCCAUACCAAACAAAAGGAUUACUACUUUCAAACUUGAUGAAGUUCCAGUACAUACAGAAGGUGUAGAGGAACAAGCUGAAGAAAUUGUGUCAAAGGCUGAAACAUCACCACCACUCGUUCCAAAACCAAUUGUACAUGCUCCAGGAACAGGUCAAAUUGGGGAGGGAAUUCAAAAUGAAUGGAUGAUCAAUGAUCUGGACGAAGAGGAUGAAGAAGAUGAAGAAGAUAUUGUUCCUGAACUAGGUGCCCAGAGUUCGAGUAAUGAAGUGGAGGUUAUCCAACUGUCAGACAGUGAAGAGGAAGAAAUGAUAAUAUUGGAACCAGAAGGAUAUCAAAAGGAACGAAAGAAAAAAUCUGAAGAAACACAGCAGAAAACAAGCAAAAUAGUAUCUCAAAAUAAGAACAAGAAAAUACAGAAAAGAAAAAGAUCCCAACUGUGAAAUCUUUGUUUUGGAAUAAAUUGAUAUGAACUCCAACUUUUUAAUGUGUUGCACGUUUAAUAUGUUCUCAAGAGAAAGCUUAUAAAUUGUCCCAUUACAGGUAUCCAAAAGUAGAUUUGGUAUGCUCACCCUAUGGUUUUGCAAAACCAAAUACAUUUUGACAGUAAAAUUGUUGGAUUGAUUUCUUUCUUAAAUCUCUAGGAGUUUUUGGCUAUUUAUUGAAAACUAGUUAAUUAAUUGAAGCAACCUAGUAAGCUUUAGGGUUUUAAGUUCUGAUUCAAUGUAUGUUACUGUUUUAGCAGCUCUGCAUUUGCUGCUAUUUAAUAGUUCAGCCUGCAGGUUUUGUCACUUGCGUAUACAUUCCCUUCAAGGUAUGACAAUUGUAUUUUUUUUUACUUUAAUUUUUUUAUUCUUUAUUUCCAAACAUCUUGUUUACCUUAAUUGUUUGGUUAAAUUGUUUUUGAUGUCUCUUGAACCUUUUUCUGUUGAGAAUCUUGUAAAUAUCUUAAGUUCUGAAGAAUACCCUUCUUGCAACUUAAACUUGCAAUGACUGAGUCUGGCCAUUAUACAUUUUAGUAUAGUGGGCUAAAAAAUGUUAGAUUCCUUAUUACUACCUAUCUUUUUUGUAUGCAGAAUGAAGAACAAGAUUCUAUUUUUGUAGUGCCUUUAGCUUAGAAAAACAGAGGCAUCAAGUCAAAUGAGAAUACAUCAGGAGAACAAUAAAUAUUGUAUUGUUCAUGGGAAGCACCAUUUUUGAAAUUGAAAUUACAGACCUCAUAUUCAGUUUUUGGUGCAUUUUAAAGGAGUAAAUUGUUAUUUUGAAACCUUGAUGCUGAGUAACAAAAUUAAUCAUUUUCCUUUCUUGCACAAGUUUUGCUGGACCUAGCUACAUUGCAUACACUGAAGUUAUGUCAAAUAUUUGUAGUUAUUUAAUUGGGCAUUUCAGUCUAGCAAGUCUGUACUGACCAAGCAAGUAUUUUAUUGUCCCUACAGUCCCAUCAAUUUUCCUGAUUUUACCGCUUGCCUACAUACUAGGGACAAUUUGCAGUGGCCAGUUAAUCUACCAACCCACAUGUUUGGGAUGUGGGAGAAAACCAGAGCAUUUAGUGGAAACCCUCAUGGUCACAGGAAGAAUUUGCAAAAUCUAAACACAGCACCAGAGGUUGGGAUUAAAACUGGGUCCCUGGACCAGUGAGGCAACAGCUCUACUUGCUGUGCUGUAAAACUACCCAUAUUCCUGGCACAGCAGUGUUUACAGUAACCUAUUGCAAGUCAUCUUGUAUUGUCCUAUAAUCCCUUGUACUGGCAGCUAUUAAUAAAGGUCAUGUUGGUGUUUUAAACUGAAAAAGUACCUAGUUUGUUCUGGCUGUUUAAACAUAUCCAAAAUGAAAAGUCUUGUAUUAAGAUCAAUAAAUGUAAUUUUAUCUCA